AUGUCCGGAGCAGAGGUUUUCAGUGCAUUAGGCACCCCUGCACGAACGGCUGCACGGGUUCUCCUCGCACCACGAUAUGCUGUUAAUGGCUUCCAGCCUCUCCGAGGGUGGGUGGACAACGAAUAUGCACGCGCGCGAUACGGGCCGUGGUACAUGUGGCGUAUAUGGCUUCUUUUUGAUUGCAAAGACCUCGAAGUGCUGGAGAAUUUGAUCAACGACGGACAAGACGAGCAGGUACUUGAGAUGCGGGAUGCGAAGUUGAAGCAGUUCAAGCUAGUCACGUUGGUGGGCGCCCUCUUAGCAACUUUAGCUCUUCAGGCACUCUCCCUCCCUGUCCUAGAGGAGACCAUAUUCGUCGCACGCGCAAGCUUCAUCGUUAGCACUAUGCUCUCCCUGCUCGCCACAUUCUUCACCCUCAUCCAACAACGCGAAGUUGGCGUCAUCCGCGAUGCGAGAUCCUUUCGGAGAUGGCUCUCCAAUGGCGUCCAGUACUAUAACGCCCGAGAGCGCCUUGUAUGGCAGAGCUCUCUGACGUCCCUAACGUUAGUGGAAGCUCCUUACGAACUGAUAAGCUUAGCUGUAGCGAGCUUCGUAGCAGGCAUGUCAGCAUAUGUGUGGGAUGUUUGGAAGGACGGACUAAAAGCUCAGAAAGAGCAGGGUCUGGACGGUGUAGCAGUGUGUUAUUGGGACUAA